AAUAACCUGGUCAAGAAGAUUAUCCGCGGCGAAGCUAAGUGGACUGAACUGUUUGAAGUCUACGAUCUGCGUCAAGAUCAUAGACACUUCCUAAAGCUGGAGCUCACCGCGGACGACUACCAGGAGUUGGUACGUCUGGGCGGUCUGAUUGAUUCCAGACUGCGCGAUCUCGCGAGUUUCCUCGAGGAACAUGACUACAUCCGUUCUGUGCGCAUAUGCAAAGUUAAGGACAGGCAAAGUGUUGGGAGUCCAACUCACUGGAGCCCAGGCACGGCACCGACUGCCGUCUCGCCAUCUGCAACCGCCGGGAGCUUCUGCAGGUCAUGGCUUCUCGGCAUGGACAUCAUACGAGCACCUAGCAGUGCAGAUGGUACUCAACCGAAACGCGACGUCGACAUAACGCCCUACCUAGCAAACUUCUACAACAUUUUACACGAGCGGGAUGCCAAUACAAACUUCCUUGAUAAACUGUUGGCUUCAUAUCUCACUUGGGAAGGCAAUUCUUCUAACUACACACACGUAGGCGCUUCAAAGGUCUUAGCGGUCAACGAUUCACUUCGGGCUGUUCCCACAUCCGAAGUUGAGUCGGCUCUUUUGAACUGA